GUGCUCUAUGCACCUGGGUUUUAACACAGUACGCAUUAUUAUUAAACACCAUCUAUCAACGAUUCAAAAAUAUCAAUGUGAUGAUUAUCGAACUUGGCAAUAUAAACACCGAAAUUGAAUUGAAAACAUUAUUUGUAACGAAAAGUCACCUUAGUCAUUCAAUUACUGCAGAUUUUUUUAACAUCACUCAUGUUAACAUGAAAUUAUGUGACAUUUGUAACAAACUUUCCGACUUUUAUGCAAUCCCAACAUUAUUAGCUAUUAUUUAUUUUAUUGCAUCGUGCACAUUCUAUUUGUAUGUUCUGUAUAUAUCAUUGACUAAUGAUGCCCAAAAAUUUCCUUGUAUUUUAGUGCAUAUACUUUUUGCCAUGUCAUUUUUCAAGAUAACUAGCAAUUUUAUUGUUCUGAUAACUUGUACUGCAAGAAUAAAAAGAGAACUUAAGAAAACGGCAUAUUUUGUUCAUUUAAUACUGGACCAGAAUGCAGUUGAUAAAGAAACUGAAGAAACGCUUAUAGAAUUUUCACGUGACCUUUUGCAUUGCGAUUUAGAAUUCAGUACUUAUGGAAUUAUUUCAAUUGAUGGAUCUCUUUUGCAAUUGAUCCUUGGAACUAUCAUAACGUAUCUCGUUCUCUUAAUAAAAACUUAUUGACUAUGUCACAUUAUAGAAAUAUAAUUAUUAUGAUUAAGAUUAAAUUUGGUGUUUGUAGACAUCAAUAAAAAUAGUGAAUCAGCUUUAUAUAUAUAUUUCAAUCACAUAAAAUAUUAUUUAUCGAAAUAAAAUAUAUGAAAAUUUUACA